GUCCUUUCUGUUUUUCACUUUUAAGAUUAAAAAUCACUUUCUUUCUUUCUUCUUCAUCGUUUCCCUCCUUUCACUCUCCACCAGAGAUUCCUUCGAUCAUCUUCCCCGAUUCAGAGAUGGGAAAAUACAUAAAGAAGUCAAAGAUCGCCAGCGGAGCCCUUUCCAUAAAAGACAUCUCUCACCAAACCGCUUCCGGUUUUCGCACCAGAGCCGCCAAGAACCUCGCCCUGCAUCGUCUCCGAUCUCACUCAACUCCGCCGUCCGUCGACGCUGACUCAUUUCGUUACCUCCAGAUCCGGAGCCGCCGUCUCGUCAAGCUUCCGUUACUCGCCGAGACAAAGAAACAACAGCAGAAACAGCUUAUAAACAGUGUCGGUAAACGACAAACGACGAACCCUAGAGCCAACUCCGUGUCGUCAGAAGAGCCGACCACGAAUCUGGAAGAAGAUUGUGGUAGCAACUUGGUGAAAUCGGAGUCUGGUUGUAGUCUUGGAGAGAAAGGUUCCGAGCUCGAAUCAGGAGACAGAGAAACGACGCCGUGUAGCUUAAGAAGAGGCUCAGAAGAAGCUACACAAAGUGUUACUUCGUCUAAUGAGAUUGAAGACUUCUUUGCAUUCGCAGAGCAGCAGCAACAGAGAUGCUUCGCUGAAAAGUACAACUUUGAUAUUGUGUCGGAGAAUCCAUUGCCAGGACGUUACGAAUGGAUCAAAGUGGUGGUACCAUGAAUGUGUGUUUGAUGUAACAUUAUGCUGUAAAGUUGUGUGAUUUAUUAGGAAGAUCUGUGUUGGAACAGAGGCAAUGCAAAAUUGCACACAGACUAACAAAGACUAGCCUUAAUAAAAACCCCUUAUGUUAGGGGUUUUUGAGGGGUUGGGGGGGUUAACUUGUUAGUUAAGGUAAUAAUGUAAUGUUUUAAUCUCUCUAAUUUGCAAUAAAAUAAAAAAAUAGUUCUAAAUGUU